AUGAAUAAUGAUGAUGUUUCAAGUACUGACAUUAAUAAGGUAGCAAAAGAUAUUUGUAAUAUUUUUACUAAGUCAGCCAAAGAAUCUUUUGGAAUCUAUUCAACGGGUCAAUAUUCAAAGGAUAAAGAACGAAACAAACCUUGGUUUAAUAGAGAAUGCAAAACAGCUAGAAGAAAAUUUCACUUGGCUAAAAGAAUGCAUAACUUAUGUAAAUCAGAAGAAAACAAACAAAAUCUUAGAGAAACGAGUAGAAGUUAUAAAAAAGUGAUGGAUAACAGUAUUAGAAAAUAUAAAGCUGACCUUACUCGUAAACUCAUGCAAUUACGUACUACAAAUACUAAAGCUUACUGGAAAAUAUUAAAUUCUACCAAUAAAGAGUCAAAGAGUGCAGUAAAUAUUGGAGAGGUAUUUAAAUAUUUGAAAAGUAUUAAUGAAUGUAACAAUGUAGCUGAUGAUGAUGCUUUUGAUCUGUCUGAUAGAGAACCAGAAUCGGGUGAAUCUUCUAAUGAUAUACUUAAUGGUGAAAUUAGUGAAAGUGAAAUUAUAGAAGCAGUAAAUAAAUUAAAAAAUGGAAAAGCAUCUGGUAUUGAUUGCAUUGUAAAUGAGCAUAUUUCAUCAACAUUGUAUACCUUUUUACCUGUGUACAAGAUGUUUUUUAACAUUAUUUUCGAUAGUGGACUGGUUCCAGAUGAGUGGUUAGUGGGUAUUGUUAAACCUAUUUACAAAAAUAAGGGAGAUCCGACCACCCCAGAAAAUUACCGUCCUAUUACUUUACUGAGCUGCUUAGGUAAACUUUUCACAUGUAUACUAAGCAAGCGACUAGAACUGUACGCAGAUGAGAUUAAACUAAUUCAAGAGAAUCAAGCAGGUUUUAGGAAGGAAUAUUCUACUUUAGACCAUAUUUUGACUUUACAUUUAUUAUCAAACACACUGAUGAAGUCAGAAACUCCUGAGGAUCUACAAAAUGCUUUGAAUGAAUUUGAAAGCUACUGUUCAGAGUGGAAAUUACAA